GGAAAAGUUACUUGCUCUCUUCAAUGGAUUAUAUUCUGGAGCUUUCUGUGACAAUUGAUUAUCCAGCGCAAUGGUGUUGUCAACCUGGGGAGGGGUAGUCUAACCCUCGUCUGUCUUCUUGCGUCGGCGGGAUGGGAUGGAUGAUAGAUACGAUGCGACAAUCCGAACGGGGACAAAUCCAAUCAUGAAUGUCGAAGCGGGUCCGGUGCGUUCCGAUUAUAAACUUGCGACUUCUCUUUGGUUCUUUUGUUCAUGCUCGGCUCCACCAUUUUUCUCCCUCCACUUCCUCCGUCUUACCAAAUCGUGCCUGUCCAGAACUCCAGACUUGUCGCCAUUACUCAUCAUCGGUAUCCAACUUUGUACCGUCUCAAUUUUGGCAUUUCGGUCUUACAAACCAUAUUGAACUUUGUGUAGAGCCGAAGAAGGUUCUUUCGAAGCCACCGG